AUGCACUAUGCUCGCGACAACAAUGAAUGUAAAGAUGAAGGUGUUUCUCUCAACGAUAGUAAGUCUUAUCGAAAAGAUUUCACUUCGAUCAAAAGUGAGCCUCAAAGACCGUUUGAACAGCAGUCUAAGUUUUCUGCUAGCCUCGUGUUGGAGCACACCAUCGGCUUCUCCGCGGUGCCAAACUCAAUUUACUAUCACCCUUCAGGCCAAGACUACGUGUAUCCUGCUGGCGGAGUCAUCUUGCUAACACCUUUUCAAGACGCGCAUAACCAGAUUUUCUUGCGCGGACAUCAUGACAACGUUUCAUGCAUCGCAUUAUCUCCUUCAGGUAGAAUCUUGGCAUCGGGUGAGCGUGGUAAGCGAGCAGAUGUCCUCGUUUGGGACUACUUUUCUCGGCGACUUGCUUUCCGGCUGUCAGAACAUGACGCCGGUGUCGCUGCACUUGCCUUCUCGGAUGAUGAGCGACUGCUUUGCUCAGUAGGUGUUCCAGAAGAAGGACCACGGAUGUACAUUUGGGACGUCCAGACUGGUUAUAUUUGCGCAGCACACCAAAAAAUGUCUAAUAUUGUCUCUGCAGUUGCAUUUGGAGGCAUGGCACGCGAUGUCAAGCGACGUAAUACACCCAACUAUCAGUUUGCAACGGUUGGACAUCGCUUGCUGCAGCUUUGGGUGCUUGAUCCAGUUAGAGGCGACCUCACGCAGUACAGAAUCGAACAGUCUCUCGUUCGUGAUUAUACAUGCGUACAAUUUUCACCCGACCGCGAGGUCCUGAUAGCUGGUAGUUCCAGUGGCGACUUCUGUGUUGUCAAUGUGAAAACUCGACAGCUUAUCAAGGUGGUACCAGCAUGUUCUUGUGGUGUCAAUUCCCUUGUGUAUUUUGAAGGAGGACUUUUAGUAGGAGGUGGUAACGGAAGUUUUUUGCACUAUAGACACGAUUUCGUAGAUACCUGCCACCUCGCUUUUGACAGUGCUGUUGUGGGCAUAGCCCUUCACGCUGCUCAAAAUGAAGUCGUGGUUGGCACACAAGCUGGAAGUAUAUUUGUGGUGCGUCUAGCAUUUGGUAACUCGCACCACAGUUUGCAAAAGAAGUUGUUGUCCGAAAACCACUCGAAUGCUGUAGUGCAGGUUGCAUACACCUCAAAUGUGUCUGAUCGAUUUGCCACUAUCUCUCAGGACUGCACUAUUCGCAUAUGGGAUGCCUCUGAUUACACAGUCGCUACAUGCUGCUUCGUCCGCGGUGCUGGCGCUCCUACAUCCCUCCAUUAUUCGCUAGAUGUACUUCUGUCAGGCUGGACUGACGGAUGCAUUCGAUCUCAUUGCAGUAAAUCUGGUACCUUUAUCUGGUCCAUCGAUAAUGCACACGUUGGUGGGGUUACAGCACUUAAAUUAAGCCACAACCAGCGCUUGAUCGUGUCAGCAGGAGUCAUGGGUGAAGUACGGGUGUGGGAUAUUCGCAAGCGGGACCUGAUUUCUCACCUGAAAGAGCACACUAUGCCCGUAACGAGUCUGGCCUUGUAUCAGGACGAUCUGCACGUCAUUUCGGGCGGCCGAGAUCGAAGGCUGCUAUGCUGGGAUCUACGCAACGAGCGAAAAGUUUCAUGUCACCUCCAGCGGAUAGGCGGGAUAAACGCUGUAGCGCUAUUUACUGACCAGAAUCUUGUACUCAGUGCUGGUCAGGGCAAGCGUAUAUCGUAUUGGGAUCUGCGCAUCGACAACCCCUUCACAGUGAUCCCAGAAGCUCACAAAGAAGAAAUCACGUGUAUUGCUAUGGCACAUGAUUUGGAAGUAUUUGCCACAGGCGGAAAAGAUCGACUGGUGAAGUUAUGGAACCGUAAUACCAGUCAAUUAAUCACGGACGGCGUAGGUCACUCCGGGAAUGUCCUUCAUUUAGCAUUUAGUCCCGAUGAUCGCCAGCUUGUCUCUGCUGGUGAUGAUGGCUGCGUGUUCGUAUGGAAUCUGUACACAUAG